AUGGACGAGCCUGACUCAAAGAGGAUUGUCCUACUGGGGAAAACUGGAUGUGGGAAAAGCAGCUUGGCUAAUACCAUAUUUGGCGAGGAAGUCUUCAAGAUAAGCCAUUCACCUGUUUCUGAAACAAGUCUAUCUCGGGGAGAAACCAGGCCUGUUGAUGGCAGAAACCUCACUCUGAUUGACAGCCACAGUGUUUUUGAUACAUGUGGCUCUGAAGUCAUGCUUAAGAAAGAGGUAGUGAGAUGCAUCACAGAGUGCGCUCCUGGACCUCAUGGGUUUCUUAUUGUUCUUCAAGUUGAGAAAUUCACAGAGCACGAAAAAGACAUAAUCAAACAAAUAUGUCAAUGCUUCUCUGAAGAUGCUCUGAAAUUUGCUGCAAUUAUCUUCACCCAUGGAGACCAGCUCCCAGAUGGAAAGAGAAUAGAGGACUUUGUUCUUCACAAUGAAGAACUAAGCAACCUGGUGAAAAAGUGCGGAGGCAGGUGCCAUGUUGUUGACAAUAAAUACUGGAACCGUAAUGCAGAAGACCCUUACAGAAACAACCAGUUCCACGUGGGAGAGAUACUGAGGACAAUUGAUAUGAUAGGUGAAGCAAAUGAUGGAAUGUAUUACACCAACGAGAUGCUACAAGCAGUAAAAAACCACAUACAGAUAGAGGAGGAAAAUAUUAGGCAGUCAACUGAUCAAUCACCAGAUGAAACCAGAGGCAGAGCUAAAAGUAAUGUACUUAAUAAGUUAAUGUUGCUGGUAGUGGCGGCUGCAACGGGUGCCGUGUUAGGGGCCUUCCUUGGUGUGGCAGAACAUGUUGAAUCCAUUGCUAGUAGUUUUGGGGUUCCACCACAACGUUCAGCAGACCAAAGCACGCCAUCAGUUUCUACAGCCGCUCUAAGUGGGGGUCUGAAGGGAGGUUUGAUGGGAUACCGUGCUGCUGCAGGAUCAAGAACUGUAGGGGAUGCAUUUCAGGAAGCCAAGAAAGCUGUUUGGGAUAAGUUAACCAUUUUGGGCUCAAGUAUGAAGAGUGAUAAAGAGAAGAAAGAGUCAAAGUAA